CAGUGUUUAGAAGUCCCAUAUUUAAUACUGCUUGGAGGGAUGUGCAUCUCUAUUGUGGACUCUUACAACUCUGUGUCCAUUGACUGACCAGCACAGAAGAAUGGGCCCAAUAGUCGCUACCCAGGACUCCCCUGCUUUGCUGUUGCCUAUUCUGCUGCUAGUGGGCUGGAUCGUGGGCUGUGUGGUGGUCCUCUACUUUGUCUUCUGCUAG